UAAUCAUGGUCAGUGAUAAGAAUCCAUGAUGACGAAAAACAGUAAAAUAUUUAAUUAAAUGUGGUCAAUCAAAUGGUGAUAAUGGUCAUCCAAUAGAGAUCGUUGAUAGCGGUCAGUGUUUAAUUGUUCAAAUUUAACAUUUUUAUCAAUUGUUUUCGUGGUCAAUUGAUUGAUCAUCUUAAUCGUCUCAUCAUGGCGAUGGUAUUAUUUUUAAAUCGAGGUUCAUUUCAACCUGAAGAUAUUCACAUUUCCGAUUCCCAUAUAACGGAAGACACUUUAGUGACCUUCGUUGAUUUUAUUCCAGGAGUCGUCGAAAGGACCUGUUCAGCGGCCAUGUCACACGGAGCAGUUAAAUAUCAUUCUUACAGAAGUUUAAUCGAAAUGGCCAAUAAAUGGUUACAACGUAAUCCAGAGUGGAAAGUGUUUAAUUGUGAGACUGUAUUGUUAUUAUAUAAAUACAACGAUAUUAAAAACUGUAAUGAGUUACGUCCAAAUGAUUGUUGCUUUUACAUCUCAGGAUCAGAACGGACAAAUGUCCUUAAGGGAUUAAGAUUAUGGAUAAAACUGAGAAAACGGUCAAUUCGUCGACAUGGUUCAUGUGAAUACCAAGAAUUAAACUACACUGACCUUGUUCCAGAGAUCGACGAGAAAGGAGCUUUUGCCAAGCUUCACGAUCUAAUCGAACAGGCCAACAUUUUAAUUCGAAAAGAAGAGAUCCAAGGUCGGAUCAUUUCAGUCGAAACUGUUACCUACGAAGCGAAUACCGAUUGGAAGAUCGAUCCAGACGCUACAUUAUCGGCACUUUCCACGAAAAAACUAUUCAUUCUCAGAAUUUUCUACGAAGAGGGUUUACCUUUACAGGAAGAAAUUGAUAUUAUUGAUUUUGUGCCAAGACAUUUAUCUGGUGGUGGGUUUUUCAAGCGACCCAAAUUCGAAUCUUAUACUGAUGUAAUGUCCAGAGCCUCUCACUGGCUAUCUCAGAAUAGACAUUUGAACUAUCGAAAUGCCCAAUCAAUUGAUAUCAAAUUGAGUAUUAAAUCAUUAACAUCGGUCAACACCAAGAAUAUGUACUUUACUGACUACGGAAGUUACAUCAGAAUUUUUCGAGUCUGUUGUACUAAAUCAUCUCGAAUACUUGAUAGAUCAUCGGCACAAUCGAACAGAGUUAUCUCUCCUAUCCAUUUAUCUUCCAGGCUCUUUCUUCCGGUUCGUAAGAAAGACUCAAUCGGUGCUAUUCGAGAAAGAUUCGAGGAUUGGAUUUUCAAUGCAACGCAAGAAGCAAAUGAAUUGGAUAUUAUAUCGGAAUUUAAGACUAAUCGUCGGCUUCGAGUUCUAAGUGCUGAAACCAUUUGUAUGUUCUGUAAAUCGGAUGAUGAAAGUCUCGAAGAAUCAAUUGAAGAGCCUUUUCAUUAUAAUCGAUUCGGGGCCAAAAAUGGUUUUAUUUUCAUGAUUUUCCGUUUUUAUUUUGACUUUUCAAAUGAUACAAUCGGUUCAAUCAAUGGAUCGAUAAUCAAACAAUCAUCUUCAUUGGAAAAAUUGAUCGAGAAAGUUUAUCCUGAUAAAACAAUCGGAAGUCAAACUUGUAUCGUAAUGUAAUCAAAUGGGAAAA